CACCAAAUAUCAUCAACUUUUAGCUAUUACAUUCAUAAAAUGAAUAAUAAAUUAUUUUUUUUAUUCAUUAAGUUCAUUAAAAUGAUGUCAUUUUACUUAGAAUGCGUAAGUCGAUCAUACCGGUCAUACCGAUGGUGUCAUGCCGGUUUCAUGACCGGCACAGGUUGAACCAGGUUCAACCGGGUGGCAUGCCACCGGCAUGACAACCAUGGUUAUUGGAGAAAACUUUAUGCUAAAAUUUAGCACUUUGAUCAAUUAUUGGAAAUGAUCUAAGAAUCCAACAAUGGAAAGAGAAAGGUAUUUAGCGCCAUACCAAAUCUUGAUGGGAAUCAUGAGAUCCUCUAGUAAGAAAUCCCUCAAAUGAAAUUAACGAAGAAAAACGUUUGAAUAAUACAUCGGCAUCACAACAAGUAGGCCUUAUUCUAAAAGAAAAUUUGGCAUCCACGCCAAAACAAUAAUUCAUCACCAAAGGAAAAAAAAAAUACUAAGAAUUGAAAAUUCGUAUCGUAUCAAUGGUUCGACCAGAAAAAUUUACAUAUUAUCGGAAGCGAAACUGGUAUAUAAGACUGAAUUUAAUGGUUGAAUCACGGUUAAAUUAUUUUUUCAGAUAGGGCUGGCUAUUUGGUCCAGGUUUUUUUAUUUUACUCAAAACCGGACCAUAUAACCCGGACCGGGACCGGAUAGCAAACAAUUCAAUCCAAUUUUCGGGCCUAGAUUUGAGGUAAAAAAUCAUUUGGCACCGAACCGAAAAACCGGAUAAAUACAGGAUAAGAGACUCCAACACUCAAAAUUUAACCUCCUAAACCUUUUAGGCCUUAGGCCACUCAAAUCGCCGCGAGCUCAAUCUAAAAUCAAGACCGAAUCUGGACCAGACCGGUACAAGACCGGACCGGAUCAAGACUGGACUGUAUCCAAUCCAAUCUUUGAUCCUUAUAUUCUCGAAAAGACCGGACCAAAACCUGAUCAAUUCGGGCCAAUUUAACAGGACUGGACCGUAUAGCCACCCCUAAUUUCAGCAUAUAACAAAUACCCUACACUGAUUUUUUCGGUAGAACUUCUGAUACGAUUUUUCAAGAGAAAAUGAGAUCGGAUCAAAUAUGAAAAAAAAAACCUAUCCUUCACUAUACUUGAUAUAAAUCCCAACCAAGUGCGCCCAAGGAAGAAGAUCACAAUCACUUCUCUCCAACCACUGCACUACCUAUAGCUCGUGGCCGGCAAAAUGGGCAGUAGUAGUCGGGAGACGAUGAACGACGAUGCACUUCUUCCGCCAAAGGAAAAGGCGGCGGUGUUUUGGCAUGACAUCGAGAUGCAGUGGAUGGAAGCAGCUGGAUUCUGGUGCCUGCAACUGCACGCGAAAUCCAUCGAUGCAUUCAACUCCCGAUUCCAGCCGCGAAGCGACGACAUUCUCCUCGCCUCCAUCCCCAAAACGGGAACAACGUGGCUCAUGGCUCUCUGCCACAACAUCCUCCACCGCCGCCGCCGCCACGUGGACGAAAACGACGACGCCCUGGCGAGGUUGAACCCGCACGAGGUGGUCCCCACCCUCGACGCCUUCUUCCUCGCCGACCAGAUCCAGGAAAUGCUGCUGCUCGAACCGGCGUCGUCCGGUCCCGGCCGGCUGUUCCACACCCACGUGCCUUCCAACUACCUGCCCGAGGCCGUGAAGGACUCCCGGUGCAAGGUCGUGUACGUGGCGCGGAACCCGAAGGACACCGUGGCCUCGAUGUGGCACUUCUACAACGCGUUCUUCAAGAGCGACGAGUCUCCCGAGGGUCGGUUCCCGGUGGAGAGAGCGGUGGAGAGCUUCUGCAGCGGGGUGAUGCCCUACGGGCCUUUCUACGAGCACGUGGUGGGAUACUGGGAAGAGAGCCGGAAGCGGCCCGAGGAGGUGUUGUUUCUCAGGUACGAGGAGCUCUGCGGGGACCCCAGAGAGCAGGCCAGGAAGCUGGCUUCGUUUCUGGGGAGGCCGUUCGGUGGUGAUGAUGAUGAUGAGCUGGACGAGGUGCUAUGGAGGAGCAGCAUCGGCAGGCUCCGGGAUCUGGAGGUCAACAAAAGCGGCGUCUGGGAGCUGCCUAACAUGCCCAAAAGCGCUUUGUUCAGGAAAGGAACCGUGGGGGACUGGAAGAACUGCUUGACGCUCGAGAUGGCUCAACGCAUCGACCAGCUCACACGAGUCAAGCUGGAAGGAACCGGACUUUCUCUUGACGAAUUCUGAUAUAUAUGAUAUGAUUAUAUUCCUAGAGAGAGUCUUGAUUGAGCGUCAAGACUAUCUAUCUAUCAGCUUGUUGGUUGUUUUUUCUUGUGUUUAUGUUUAUGUGUUUGUUAUUAGCAUUUUGUGUGUUUUGGUUUGUGUUGAUGUUGAUUAAUAAGAAUUUGACCUAUUAAAUGGUUAAUUCUAGGGAUGACAACUUUACCUAUAUAUGCAUAUGGGUUUUUAAUUAUCCAAACUAUUUGGAUUGGAUAUGAAGUACUCCAACUUAAAUGUAAAUGGGUGUAGUCAUAUAGGUCGGGAGUCUUCAUCAUUGAUGGUCUUUCUUGAGGGAUGCAAUAUACUCACUAUAUACAAGACAGAACUCAGAAGACGAAAAGGAAAAUACUGCGAAACAUGCCAAAACCAGAAACCCAAAUAUAUGUCGUUAGACCACAGACGUGAAACUUCCAUCUCAAGAUUUCGUUGGAAUUUAUUCUCUUCGCCCUGUAACAGGCUUUGUACCUCAACUCAAAAGUUUUAUGUAUGAAAACCUAAUUACUCUUGUCGUGAAAUUAAGGGGCCGUUUGAUCGUAGGAUUUGGAUGAUGGAUUUGACAUUCGAAUUUCAAGCAUUAUGAGUUUAAACAACUUCAUUGUUCGUUGAGGUAAAAAAUUGGAACACAAGCACGUGGAUCCCACAAAUUUGGAGAUCUUUCCUUUUAUUUUUGGAAUUUAGUUGAUGGAAUGCAAAUUUGUGGAUCUCAUGUCUCAUGGUGCAAAAAAAAAAAAAAACUAUAAAUCCAUGAUAAUAAUAAUAAAAUAUCAACCUAUACAGACAAGAUUAAUUAUCUAAUAAUUAAUUAUUAAUCGGUUAUUCUGAGGAACAUUCUAAGGAUAACCGACUAAAAAAGAAUAUUCGAAGGA